CAUCCUGUUUAAACGCAAUAAAUGGAAUAUUACCAUUGCUGUACGUUUGUCGACGUUUUAAUUAAAUCAUGUGUUAAUCGUGAAAAGAGCAGAAGCAGCGGUGUAAAAUAAUUUAUAUUAUUCGCGAGAUAGAAAAUUCAGUUCCGAUGAGCUUGCGCGUGAAACUAUGCGUCUCGAAUUCAAGGAUAAUUGUAUAAACUCCUGUCCUUCACGUUUAUGGGAAACGAGUUUUAUUCAGAGCUUUGAGUAAUUACGUUAGUUAGUCAAAAUGCGAGAAUAAAUUUAUUGAAGAUUGUAUCUUGGAAUGGGGUCGAGAGAGAGAGAGAGAGAGAGAGACCAGAUUUUGAAAACGAGACAAGUGUCGGAGGUCACAUCCCUAUCUCGUCGGUUUAUCGGGGUUGCUGGUGAAAGUUUAAUGAAAUCACUUAACGGCGACACGUCCCCAGAUCCUAUCUCUUUCGCUUUAACUACAGAACACGUGGGGCGUCGGUAAUUUCUUGAUUAACGCGAUUAUAAUCAUUGUUUCGACAAGCCUAAUCACGUAUGAAGAAUGACCGACGGGAAAUUUAAUUAGCGACGGGAUAUUUACCGAUUUCCAUAGUUGCAUCAAAUUUAAUGAACCGGCAAUGAUUCAUCAUUGAUUAAAUUCCUAGCUUCGCGAAUAAGCGUUAAUUAACAAACUGAUAGGAGCUACGAAUCCUCUGAGCCUUUUGACAGAGAACACUUGUUUAUGCUUGGUACUUACAUGAUUUUCGUUCACGGCCGAAAGAAAAUUGUCACGCGAAAUUGAAAGUCAAUAGCUCAGAAUUAGACCAGGAGGGCAGAGGAGAAAAAUAUGUACGUGGGACGGAAUCGUUCGCACGCAAUCGCCUGGAAACAUCUGAAGCAAUGUGAAGGCUUAAUGACCUGUCAGUUGACGCGGAGGAUCCACGAUUGCGAUGCAAACAUUCGCUCGGUUUGCUCGGGGUAAACACGGCCGAAGCAUAAAACUCUACUAGUUCCCGGCUGAAGUUUAAGUAGUACAAAUCCGCCCUUGGUCAGCCGGGAGACCCUCUGAACGGAAAAAUCCAGCGACGUUUUUCAAUCGUAGAUGGUUCGUCCGCAAAUCUACCAUCCGCAUAAUUCAGUGAAAGCUUUCUGCAAAUAUAGCGAGGGAAAACAGUGAUCAAUACCAUAACUGGUUACGUUUUUAUCGCAGAGUUCCCAUUGGACAAUGUAUGCCAGUUUAGCUUCGAACGUCUGCCUCCACUACCAUCAAUGUCCACUUCUUACUCAUAAUUCUUCCCAUUAUAUUAUAUAAGAAGUGUUACACAGUGCAGUGUAUCGAAUAAUCGGCGAUAAAAUCUGAUAGAGAUGUUCUCAUACGUGAGGAAUUGCACAUUUCUCUGUAUUUUACUUUUCCCAAAGUUUUCUGCUUCCUCGAAAUACUCGAAACUCUAUGACAAAUUGUUGACGAAGUCGUUGUCAACUCGGGAGGUCGACAAUCUCAAAGAAUUGUUGAAUUUCGUUCAGAGAUCCAGUGAGUUUCACCCAUUGACACUUUCCAUAGUUCGACCGGAAUUCCGAUCAGACUUCCUCGAUUUCUUUCUGCGCUACACUACAGAAAACUCGAUAGAAAGUUAUAUAGUAAGGGCGAGAGAUCUCUCUGUAACCCUAGCUUCGAUAAAUAACGUACGAUUCACUUGGAUCUUGAUCAUUCGCGACUGGGCCAGUCUGAACAUUUUUAUUUAUCGGCAACGAAAUCUGUGGAGGUCCAGUAAUCGAUAUCUGAUCAUUUUUACUAACGAAGGAGUUAAAUUACCGUGGAGAGACGCUCUGGAGAAAUUAUGGAGAAAGUAUAACGUUUACAGAGCACUGGUAUUCCUCUCUGAUGAACAUUUUCGUUGCCUGUUGAAUUACAUGCCUUUCGAGGUAUUUAAAUACGGUUUUGGUAGCGUACGCAAGUUGUGCUUAAAGGAGAAUUCCACCGAGGAAUCCGGUCAAAAUUCUUUAGAAAACGAAGAAUCCGAGGUUCUUCAUUUAGACAGGCACACGAAAUUGUUCGAAGAUUUUCGAAACCUGAAUAAUUACCCUUUGAACGUAAUGGUGUUCGAAUCCUUGUUGAUGAACGUCUCGUACACCGAUGAGAAUCAAUUGAUACUGACGAAGCCAGACGCCAGCGUGCUCUUCACUUUGGAGAAAACGAUGGGUGCGAAGUUCCGAGUAAAGGCGAUGAACAAAAUCAAAUUCCGAGAAGAUCCGUUUAAUUAUUCAUUGAGGAGUAUAGAAAAUGGUACAGUCGAUAUGGUGAUUACUGGGUUCUUCAUUAAAUUGUACAGCGACUCGAAGAUGUUCCAAUUCACUUGCGCUAUGUACGAAGACAAACUUUGUUUCCUGGCUCCUGACUCCGGAUUGCUGUCCAAGGCUUACAUGCCUUUUCUACCGUUUAAGAAAAGCUUGUGGAUGCUCCUGAUGGCAUACGACGUAGUCGUCACGCUCCUCUGGUAUUUAGUGAAGUAUAUCGACGAAUCUCUCCAAGGCGGUUCUUCGAAAUCAACAGAUGAACCGAUAUAUCGAGGAGAGAUUCCUCGUUGCGUCACAAGUUUCGUGAUUUUCUUCGAGAAACUCUGCUACCCCUUUGAAAGAGGUGAAACCUUGUCACAAAGGGCUUUACUCUUCGGCACUCUCUUCUUCAGUCUCAUAGUAAACGGGCUGUACCAAAGCUGCUUAGUGUCGAGCUUGAGCAAACCCUUUCACCAGCCUCAGUUGAACACUCUGGAGGAUGUGCUGAACUCCGGGAAGACCGUCGUCACUAAAUACGCGAAUCUGAAAGACAUUUUCCAGGAUGAUUCCGAAGUGGAUUCGAAGCUGUAUCAGAGUAUACAGGUGAUAAGCCAAGGGCGAAAAGAGGAUAUUAAAUAUUUCGUGGCGUACGACGAUAAGAUUUCUCUCACCAGAUAUCAGACGAUGGAACUGGAGGACUUUGAUUAUUACGACGAGGACGAGAAUCCGCUGAUCCACGUGGUCAAUGAAACUCCGAUGAACUACAGAAUUUCUUACGUGCUGAGGUUUCGCUCCCCGUACGCCGAAAGGGUGGACUUUUUAUUACUAAGGCUGAGUGAGUCGGGACUGGUUUGCUUCUGGUUCGAGAACAUGACGCAUCCGAUCAGGCUUGUCAAAGCCAGGAGGAAAUUGGACAAGGAGAAGACAUGGAUUAAACUAGCCAUGGACCACUAUUCUAUCACGUUUUUAUCGCUCGUCGUCGGCCUGUUGGGAUCCAUCGGUAUGUUCGUCGCCGAGGUUUACAUGGCUAGAAGGAAAUAGGGAAUGGGAGCACGUUUCGCAGUUUAUUUUAUCGCACGGAACUUGUAUCGAACUUACUUCGCAGAAUCGUACCGUUCGCAAGGGGGUUUAUAGACGUAGUAAAGCUUUCGGCUCAAAGACUCUGACUCGCACCAUCUUUAUAUUUCCUACAUUUUUAAUCGUAAAAUAUUGCUGGGUUUAAAAACGGUCCGACUUUAAUUCCAAAGGAAAUGCGAAUUCAUUUACUGUAUGAAGCUCAACGAGAAACAAAUCCCUGUAUUAUUUUAAACGGCAAACGGUGUUUGCUGUCUCCCAACGCGUUCGUGUAUGAACAGAAUAUCAUUGUAUUCUAUAAUUAAAAUCCCGAUCGUUACGUGAUUAUUUGCUCACGCUCAUUUAGUGAAACGAGGCGAAUAACAGGAAGAUUAAUUAUGAAAAUUUUUCGCCGAGGCUGCCCGAUAAUUAAUCCGGCGUUCCGAUUGUAUUAAAUGCAAAGAUAAAUAUCCAUUCAAGUCGAUAUGGCGUUUCAUCCCUUAACACGUUGAGCCCCGCUGUCCUUUCCGUUCAGCCCGCAUCGACCACAUUUAUUUCUUAACUUUGAUACUGUCGGUCCCCAGGGAUCGACGCGGGGCUCAACGUGUUAAUCGUCGUAUUCUGAUAGCAAUGGAAACGCGUCUUACGAUGAGCGCACAGCGGAUAAAUCACUCUCUCACAAUCGUAAUCGUAACUUGAACUUUGAAAUUAAAAUUUUGACAUCGGAAAGUAUGAUAAAACUUGUUGACAAUAUUUUUACACGUGAGAUUCGAUGGAAUAAUCGUUUACAGUAGAUUACAGUUUCCCAGCCGUGCGACCUGCGUUCUUAACUCUUCUUAAACGUUAAACGUUUUCGAUAUUCAAAGCACGUACUUCAUU